UGCUUAUAAAGAGAGUUCCAAGUUCCAACAUACACUUAUUACAAAGUAGUAAGUACUCACUCCAUUUCUAGCAGCCUUUAUCAACCACUUCUUGCUACAACACCUUUGAUCGGUUAAUCCUCUACCUCCACCUCCAUGAAUCAUCCAUCUUCACCUCCGGUUCCACCAACCAACGCCUGCCACGUGUUAGCUAUUCCGUACCCAGGUCGAGGCCACGUCAACCCAAUGAUGAACCUAGCCAAGCUCCUCCUCUCCAAGAACCCAAACAUCAACAUAACCUUCCUCCUCACCGAGGAGUGGCUCGGACUCAUGGGCUCGGAUCCGAACCUACCCCGCAAUAACUUCCGAUUCGCCACAAUUCCCAAUGUUAUUCCCUCUGAAGAGGGAAGAGCCAAUGACUUCGUCGGUUUCCUUGAAUCCGUUAUGACCAAAAUGGAACAACCCUUCGAGGACCUCCUUAACGGCCUCCAACCGCCCCCGAAUCUCAUCGUCUCCGACGGUUACCUGUUCUGGGUGGUUCGGGUUGCCAAUAAGAGGAACCUUCCUGUGGCGUCGUUUUGGCCCAUGUCGGCGUCGUUUUUCGCGGUCCUCAAACACUACCAUCUUCUGGAGCAGCAUGGUGACUACCCAGUCAAUGUGUCGGAAAAUGGUGACAAACGAGUGGAUUACAUUCCUGGCAACACCUCAAUUCGCCUAGCGGAUUUUCCACUCCAUGAUUCAAGCUGGCGUACCCGUAAACUUUUGCAAUUGGCAUUGAACAGUGUAUCAUGGAUGGAAAAAUCACAGUAUCUAUUAUUCCCUUCUAUAUAUGAGCUUGAGUCAUUAGCAAUUGAUGCAUUGAGGAAAGAGUUCACAAUACCCAUCUACACUGUUGGCCCUGUCCUACCUAAUUUCCGUGAUCAUGGUAGCAAUAUUAACUCUACAGGCACCAACAACCUUGGGGGUGACCUUGGCUACAUAAAUUGGCUAGACAACCAACCGGCAAACUCGGUGCUUUACGUCUCACAAGGGAGCUUUCUUUCGACUUCAAGGGACCAAAUUGAUGAGAUUGCAUUUGGCCUGAAGAAAAGUGGCGUUAGUUUCUUGUGGGUGCAGCGCGACGAGGACUCGAAAUUGAAGGAGAUGUGUGGUGCCAAGGGGCUAUUGUUGCCAUGGUGUGACCAAAUAAGGGUGUUGUCACACCAUGCUAUUGGUGGGUUUUGGUCCCAUUGUGGGUGGAAUUCCACUAGAGAAGGUAUGUUUUGUGGUGUACCUUUUCUUUCAUUUCCAUUAUUUAUGGACCAACCAUUGAAUUGUAAAUACAUUGUGGAGGACUGGAAGGUUGGGUGGAGGGUGAAAAAAGAUGCUAAAAGUGAAGCUUUGAUAACAAGAGAUGAAAUUGCUGGCCUUAUUCGGAAAUUUAUGGAUUUGGAUAGUGAUGAAGGAAGAGAAAUGAGGAAAAGGGCUAGAGCUCUUCAACAUAUAUGCCAAAAAGCAAUUAUGGAUGGUGGGUCUUCAGAGACUAAUAUUAAUGCUUUUAUGAGGCACAUGUUAUAGUGUGCCAAUGCAUAUAUGAUGAAAAUUAGCCUACAAUUGCUUUGAACAUUUUUUAGGUAUUAUUGUGAUUGAACUUUU